CUUUUUUCGCGAACAAUCGGCAGCUCACAGCGAACUUCACCCGCGAAUCGGGUUGGUGACUUGUCCACGACAGCAAGACCACAAGACGGCGGUAAACGGAGCGGCCGGAUCCUAUUGCAGCACAGAACGAAUUGUUGUUGCUGCGCGUUAGACCGCCGCAAUGGCCGGCAAGGGGAUGAAGAGCCUCAGUGAGGCCAUGAGAGGCUUGAGUCUCGUCACACAGCCAUGCAGGACACUGCCUGUCCGGCAACCUUCCGCGGCGUGUAGGAGGAUGAUGGCAACGACAGUCGACUCGCAGCCGGCGAACAUCACACGGUCCGUAACAGAGCCGUGGAAUCCCCUCACCACCGUCCCGCUCACCAUCUACUCCUUCCCAUCCCUCGAGCCCCGCUCCCUCGAGCAAUGGUCCACGAAGCAUCUGCACCUCCCCUUACGCCGCGACAUCCUCCACUUGGCCGUAGUGUAUGAAGGCGACAAGACGAGACAGGGUACCGCUUCAUCCAAAACCCGUUGGGAAGUAGCCGGCUCGCACCGCAAGAUUCGCCCGCAAAAGGGCUCAGGCCGUGCCCGCGCCGGCACACGACAAUCGCCCCUAUUCCGCGGCGGCGGCAAGACGUUUGGUCCCAAGCCGCGCGACUUCAGCACCAAGCUCAACCGCAAGGUCUACGACCUGGCGUGGCGCACUGCGCUGUCCUACCGGUAUCGCCGCGGCGAGCUGAUCGUAACUGAGGAUGGGCUGGAGCUGCCGCUGCCUGACGAUUUCCUUCAGCUGGCCGAGGCCGAGCUGCUCGGUCGCGAGCUCGAGGACAGCUUUGUCCGCAAGUACGUCGGCGAACUGAUGACAUCACUCCAGUGGGACAAGGUCCACGGUCGAACUACCUUCAUCACGGGCGACAGAAGGCCGAACCUCUUCACGGGGAUGGAUAUUGCAGGAGAGAACGGGCGGGCUCUGGAGCUGGAGGAUGUUGAUGUCAAGGAUCUGCUGGAAACGGGCAGGAUUGUCAUUGAGCGAGCCGCGCUCAGGGAAAUGAUCAAGGAGCACUCGAGCGAUCUUGUUUCGCGUGUGGCUGUCAAGGGGCUGCCUAAGAAGCCAGCACUUGGGGAGGUGCUUAUCCGAUGAGCAGGAGCCUCGACUAGUAUAUCCUGUACUGUAUCCCCUCGUGCCUUGUGGCAAUCUGGAUGGCCCUGUAAUAUGUAUAACAUGCUCGGCCCGAAAGCCGGAUUGUUACCCUCUUUGUUUGGCCAUUUUGACUUCACAUAGAGGACCUGUGCCCCAUGUCUGGAAUCUGGAUAGUACUAGUAGAUACUAUCCAGAUGAGACAAAUUCAGGCAGCGACGCAACCAGGGUGCUGCAGUCAUUCAACUUGACUCCUGGCGUUAUGGCUGACUGCUAUGUUGGAGGAUCAUUAGGCGUCCGAAGAAAGGAACUGGGAGUGACGUUACAGCCAGCGAGGUCAGUUCAGGUGGCAUAGAGUUGCCAUCCCAUUUAAGUAAGUGGCGUGGCCCUGAGCCAGCACUUGUGCGCUGGUACGGCGGGCGGUGAAGUGCCUGCACUCUGACUCUUCUUCAUGGAGCCAGGGCCCCACAUUUUCAGGUGUUCCACU